AUGAGCUCCUACCCUGACGGCUCCCAGCCGUCAUCGCCCGUGUCGCCAGCACGUACGGUACCAGCUCACACCACUCCUAGGGUUCACGACCCGGCGCCGCGCACCAGCCAGGACACCGUGCGCACAAAGUACUCGGAUCGUGCGCCCGACGUCGGACCUUCUCCAGCACCAGAGCUUGCGCCGGUACACAUCACCGAGGCCAUCAACCCCGAAAAUGCCACAACGGAAGCAGAGACGCCGCGCAACGGGCGGCACACGCUCGACGAAGACGAGGACGUCUGGGAGGACGAGGAAGACAGCAUACUCAUGGAUGAACACGGCAACGUCGUAUACGAAGGUCCCGACUACGAAGACUCGGCUUCAGAAUCCUCCGAUGACCAAGAUGCUCACGAGCUGAGCCGCGCAGGGCGAUCCUACCGUCAGGCUACUCAGCAGUACCGUAAAAGCCGGCGUGCACUUUUGCUCUCGGGGCUCUCGUCAUUUGCGUCCUCACCCUCGUCAGACGAUCUCGGCAGCGCAUCCCCCACCGAACAUGCUACCUCGGUCAGCCCUCCGGGCUCGAUAUUCGAGACCUCGGCUAGUCCUCCAGGAUCCAUCUUCGAGACGUCUGCAACAGAUCGGGAGAACUCCUACUACCAGCCUCACACCGCAGAGUCUGUCGACACGGCCGAUGCCGGCGGACGCGCACACUCCAUCCGCUUCACCUCCGAGCCUCCCUCAGGUGGCGAGCUUGCUGCAAAUGGCGACCCGCAGUCAGACACAGUCAAGGGUGAAAACGAUCUCAGGUCGUCAUCCGAAGGCGAAGAAGACACCUUCAUCGACUCGAGAGCGAUCCAGACGCCACGCUUCUCUCUCGCCGACCCGAUGCAGACCAACGGUCAGCUUCCAGCCUCGCCUGUCAAGCGCGAGAGCGCAUACUUUGAGCGCCCCGCUCUGUCGCCCAGAUCGACCUCGACGCACGUCAAGCCCGAGCCAAACACGCCCUCGCCAGGCAACCAAAACGGCAUGCUUUCGCCGCACAUCAGGCCCACGCAUCCGGGCCUCGCGCCCUCGCCCUUGAUAUCGGAAAGCGAGCCCCACGAUCUUCCAGAUGCAUACAUGACACCCAGACUCAGCUUGGCUCAGCUUCAAGAAGAGCCCAGGAUGACAGCCUCGCCCCUUUCAACACAGAAGGAACCAGAGCCUAAGAAGGAAACAGUGCCUCCAGCCAACGGCGACGCACACACGGCUCGCGCCGACGAUACCCCCUUUAGUCUGUGGGACUACCUCAAGGAGGAGGUGCUCGCCACCGACUUUGAUGCCACGCAGGAGAUCAAGUGGGAACGCGUCACCAACUUCAUCUCGAUCCCCUUCUGGAUGGAGAAGAUCAUCAUGUUUGGAUUCGUCGUCUGUCUCGACUCGUUCCUGUACACCUUCACCAUCCUGCCGCUGCGCUUCGGUGUGGCUCUGUGGACCUGGCUCACCAACACCACGCGCUGGAUCUUGGGCGGGCAGAAGCGCUACCUGCAUUCGUCGCACAAGUGCGACCUACUCAAGAUGCUGCUCAUCGUAUCCAGCUGCGUCAUCCUCUCGCGCAUCACCGACGCUAGCAAGAUGUAUCACUCGGUCCGCGGACAAGACGUCGUCAAGCUCUCGGUCAUCUUCAACGUGCUCGAGAUCGCCGACCGACUGUGCUGCAGUUUCGGCCAGGACCUGCUCGAUUCGCUCUUCUCGCGGAGCACCCUAGCGCGCCGCAAGAACGGCAAGCAGCCCUACCUUCGCCCGGUCGGCUUCUUUGGCCUCAGCUUGUGCUAUGUGCUCGCUCACACGCUUGUGCUCUUCUACCAGCUCGUCACGCUCAACGUGGCCAUCAACAGCUACGACAAUGCACUGCUCACGCUGCUGCUCUCCAACCAGUUUGUCGAGAUCAAGUCGAGCGUGUUCAAAAAGUUCGAAAAGGAAAACGUCUUCCAGAUGACGUGCGCCGACAUCGUCGAGCGCUUCCAGCUCACCUUUAUGCUCUCGGCCAUCGGCCUGCGCAACCUCAUCGAGCUCUCGGGCGGAUCGCUAGAGCCAUCCGCCAGUCCGCUGCCGGCGAGCUUCACGGUGUUCCCAAGCCUCAGCUUGCUCGAGACGGUGCUGACGCCGGUGCUGAUCGUGCUGGCGAGCGAGUGCAUCGUCGACUGGCUCAAGCAUGCCUUCAUCACCAAGUUCAACCACAUCCGCCCCGCCGUCUACGGUCGGUUCAUGGACGUGCUCUGUCGUGACCUCGUUGUCGGCGGACCGUCGACGAGGGAGAACAGCCGAAAGCACACGUUUGUCGACCAGAGCCCCAUCAUCAGUCGUCGACUCGGCUUCGCUGCGCUGCCGCUAGCGUGCCUGCUGGUACGGCUGAUCCUGCAGAUCAUCGGCAUGAUUGGCGACACGAGUCACAUUGACGAGUGCAUCGCGCCCGUCAACCCGCGCAUCUCCGAGACGAGCUGGAUCGGCGUCGUAGCGCGAAAGCUCGGCGCGGUGGACAUCAACAACGAGUGGGUGCGUGCACUCGACCUGUUCGUGCGCGGCUCCGCGUGGGCCCUCACCGCCGUGAUUGCGUGGGCGUUUUUGGUGGCGAUCAAGCUUCUGAUCGGUACGAAUCUGGUCAGCUUUGCAUCGCAUCGCUACGCGAGCAUGCACGAGCGCGAGAAUGAAGAGGCCCUCAACUCGCGAGAUCGCGCGCCGAUCGGCACCAACAAGGACGAGAGAAGCUACGACAAGUCGGUAGGUCGCUUCAUCGACAGGCCCGACGACGAUGCGGUGCAGAUCAAACUCGACGGCUCGCAUGUUUUGCCCGCAGCGAAGGAAAGGGACAAGGCAAAGAUGGACUCGGCCAAGCCCAAGAAGGAGACUUCGCUCAUGGAGGUCAGUCGAUACAACAUGAUCCGAUCGCGCAUUUGGUGA